AUGGGCGAUUAAAAAGUAGUUUCUAUAUUCGAUUUUGGGAAAACUGGGAACAAAUUUUGGUAACCUUGUGAUAAAUCUGUCUUGGAUGUACAUAUAAUGAAUAAUAAUAAAUAAGAGUUAAUCUUUUUUGGUUGAACAAGAAUUCUUGACAGCCGGAAAGUUAAAUGUCAAACCAAUCUUCAUUGUGUUGGGCUUAGAAUACAUUUACAAGGUUACUGUUGAUAGUUUGAAGUGUGCUCCACUGGCUACGAUGCAUUUGAGCAUCAUUGAUCCUGGGGCUGAUCAUAUAGUUUAAUUAAAUUCUGAUGAGCAAUAAUUCGGAUUCAAGUUGACAUAUCAAACAAAAUCAUUGGAUAUCUUUCUAUCUGACAAAUUGUUGUAUGAUCAAUGGAAGCAGCAUUUCAAAAGAUUUUGUUUGUUGGAGAAUUUUCAUGAUGCAUUCGUAGUUUCAAAGUUAAUAGGAAAAGGAAGCUUUGCCAAAGUCUAUUUGGCAACGAGAAAGGAGAAUAACUAAUAAUAUGCUAUCAAAGCAUUUAGUAAGUCCUUUAUGCAAUAACAACAUAAAGGAAUCGAAAGUUUAUUAAAUGAAAUGUAAGUGAUGAGAAGAUUAAAUCAUUAAAAUAUAGUCAAGUUGCAUGAAGUACAUGAAACCGCAAAUUCCGUUUACUUUGUAGUUGACAUUGUAAGUGGAGGCGAAUUGCUGCAGAGAGUCAGAGAAACAGGUUUUCAUUUUAACUAAUUAUUAGGUUUCCUACCUGCUGAAACACUCUAGAAAUUGGCCUAUAAUUUACUAUCAGCAUUAAAUCAUUUGCAUCAAUUCCAAAUUGCACACAGAGACUUAAAACCUGAAAAUUUGUUACUACGCUCAAAUGAAAAUAAUCAUGACAUUAUAUUGGCAGAUUUUGGAUUGGCAGCAAAACUAACGGAUGAAAAUAUCCUAUUCAAAAGAUGUGGAACUCCAGGAUUUGUGGCACCUGAAAUUCUAGAAUACAUUGAAGGAUAAUAAUUCUACGAUGAAAAAUGCGAUGUUUUUAGUGCUGGAGUAAUACUUUAUCUCUUGAUAGUAAUUAUUAUAUAAUAAUGUAGACUGGAGGAUAGCCAUUCACUGGAAAAGAUUAGAAGGCUAUUCUAAAAGCCAAUAAGGAUUGUUAAAUUGAUUUUGAAGACUCACUUUUUAAGUCAGCUCCAAUUUAAAUGCAGGAUCUUAUUAGAUCAAUGUUACAAAAGAAGCCAUCUUAUAGAUUGAGUUCAAGUGAAGUAACAAUAUCCUUAAUUAUAGUGUCUAAGACAUCCAUAUUUCAAAGAAUUAGUGAAACAAUAGUAAAUUUAGUAGGAGAAGUAUUAAAGCAAUCUUUCAGAAUAUAAUUAAUAAUUCAAGAACAAUGUAAGGACGGGUUCCAUAGAUAUAUCUUUGGAAUAACGAUAACCAGCAUUUACUGGGAAUCUGAACUCAAUAGAAUCAAUUUCCUGUGUUUCAAAUGGAUCUUUUGCCAAAUUAGAAAUGAAAGCUCCUUCAGUUGUUGGUGCCUCCAAAUUUAGUUAGUACAGUUCUCGUUUAAAUAGAUAGGGUUCCAGAGAUAUAUCAGGUAAUGUUUAUAUCCAAUUUUAGAUAUUCCCAAUACCUAAUUGCAAAAGACAGAAUCUAAAAAACACAUUGACUUACACAGAAUAGCAAUUCAAAAUUCACAUAGAAAAUAAAUAAUAGAUUAAUUUGAAGAUUAACCUGUUUACUAAGAAAACUCAGAGGUGUCUGAUAUGGUCAGGUUAUACAAUUCUACAAGAUAAAUUAGAAUUCCUGAAAAUUUAUCUUAAUUCUCACAAACAAACAAAUAAGCAUCUACUCCAACUAACAAGAAUUCUUGA